AAAAGAACCAAAAAACCGUUUGAACUGAUUUUUGCGCGAAAUUUUCACCUUUUUUCAUCGAAAUUUACAAAACAUCAAAACAUAAACAAAUCAAUAUUCGCACUGCUUCUAUGAGAACCAUAAUUUCCCGGGAAGGAAAAAUCUGCAAACCGGAACACACGUAUCCAGCCGAGGAGGUGCAUCUCGAGCGCAGCGUCAAAAGUGGAGCUUCAUGGUAGCAGCGUUUGUGCUGAAACUGGCCACCGCCAUGGGAAAAGUUUUGAAUAAUCGAGCUAGAGUGCAAGAAAUUGGACAUUUUUAUUGAAGUGUGUGCUUGAAGAGACCUGCCGCAAAUUUGUGGUUGCGAACUGCAAACAAGUGAACAGUGUGAUACGGAACUUAGUGAUCGCGCCGCAAUCUACAAGUGUGGAAUUUAUUCCGCUUCCUGGACAAACGACAAACGAAAAAAAAAGUUUCCGUGAAAAUUUUGUGUGAUCCCGAGAUAUACGAGUACCGCAUGUACUAAAAGAAAAUAAGUUAUCUAACAAAAAAAAAAGAAGUUGAUUUGUAAACAAUCUAGCCAACAACAUUUCUGCGAGUUCAUGCCGAUCACCAGUGAAGAGUGAAAAAAACAGAACACAAGAAAAGUUCGUUUGGGGGUGUUGUACUAUUUCCACCCUCAACACUCACACACAGUUUCCAGUGUGGUACUGCUUGCAGGGCGGUGUGGUGACGCAGAAAACCAUUUUUCCGUGUUUGCACAAGUGCAAGGGUGCAACCGGCAGUUAGUUUUCGCGCAGCAAUCGAGGAAGUUGUGAUCCCGAAGCCGGACUGGACCCCAGCAGCAAAAGUGAAACACUCGAGAGCCGGGAAAAGAAAGGUGGAGAGUGUAUUUGCGACCAACAGGAAACCAAAGUCAAUCCCGAUGUAAAGUUCGUCGGAUAAAUUGGGCAGUUUUUUUGGUUCCUCGAAAAUAAAAGUUUCGGCAGAAAGAAGUGGUGGAAAAUUCACGUUUUGGAAAAUAUUUCUGUUAUCUUCAAGCAUACAGCGCAAGUGACAAAACUCGUAGCGACAGUUGCAGAAAUUUGGUGAUACACAGAUGAAAAAAUCGUAAGAGGAGAAAAAAAAACUAAAAUUUAGCAUCGUGUAUAAAUUGUGUACAUUUUGGAAGUGAAUAAGUUUAAAAUUAAUCAUUAUAUCGAUACCGCAAGGAAGAGGUAGAGAGAAGCAUUGAACAGAAGAUUCCACCUAGUUUAAGUUGAGAAAAAUGUCCAAUACAAAUAAGUGCUCGCCGACGAGAUUCUCUCCGAAAUUCGCCGAUUGGGCCGGAAUUUGCAUCGGUAGCAGUAACAGUGGUGCCACCAGCCGAAUUGGCAACAGCAACAGCAACGGACGCCUUGGCCCGAACUGAAUGGCCUCCGUUCGUCGUCUUCGUCGUCGUAGUUUGCAUGUUCCGGAGCAGGACGCUUGAGAGCAUCCGGCAAAACCCGCGCCAAAUCAAAGCUAUGUAGAACUUUUCAACAUUCUCAAAACGGAAAACUCCUCUUUCGGAUCAAAAUUAACACUUUCGGCAGUAAACUCAUACGGUUCCGAGUCAAAAUUGAAUGCUUGAAAUUGUCUGUUUUGAGAAAAAAUCAAGAGAAUUUAGAGAAAAUACAAAAAAAAAAAACAAACAAAACAAAACAAACAGCAUUUACUAAUUGGUUAUCGAAUGCAAAAUUAUUGAGAGUUUGAAGUUUGAAAAGAGCUCUGUCAGUUGCGGUAAUCAUUGCAGUAACGCUGCCAUUCUGGAAUACGAGUGCGAACGUUCGAAUAUUUGCAAGCUUCUGUUCACAAACGCUGAAGAGAUCCUGACAGCCCCUCGCAUCUAACGAGCUGUCACCAGUAAACGGCAACAGCAAGCAACCUCCCCCGAGAGUGAGAGAGAGAGGGUGAACACAAAAAGUCAAGCUGAAACCCCAACACCAAACAAUCAAAAUGGAUCAGCAGCAGUACUGUCUCAAAUGGAGCAACUACUCGUCGAAUCUGGCGGCGGCCUUUUCCAACCUGUUCGACUCAGCCACACUGACAGACGUCACGCUGGUCUGUGGAGGUGAGUCAGGAGCGACGGUAUUUAGCGCUCACAAAGUGAUUCUGGCAGCAUGUUCGAAAAACUUUGCCGACCUGUUUGAGCGGGCUCCGGUCGGCACAGGACAGAUUUGCGUCAUGCUGGAGGCCACAUCAGCUGACAAUAUGCACGCCUUGCUGGAAUUCAUGUACAAGGGCGAAGUGCACGUGUCACAGAAAGCGCUGGAAAGCUUUCUGAAGGCCGCUGAGAACUUGCAGGUCAAAGGUCUCACGACAGAACACGGCAGAUUUGCCAGCGCAAAUGCCACACAGCCACAGCCAUCGUUCAACGAAACGCCAAUAAACCUGCCAUCACCAGCUGCCCGUCGGCAGCAGCGGAACUCCCUGUCGGCUUCACUCGAAUCCAUCAACCGGUCCGUCAAAAGUGAGCCACAGGCCGGAAACGGAGGCACCGGUGGAGGUGGCGGAGGUGGCAACGCAACGCCAAUGUUUUCAGCCUACCUGCAGCCCACGUACAUGCCCCAGCCAUAUGAAGCAAACUCCCGCAAACGCUCGAUACGCAGUCCAUUCUACGAACACCAGGAAGCUACCCGGGGCAGUGUGCUGAGGGACGGAAAGGCUAGCGUUGGCAACGACAGUCCAGUGAGUGGCAGCAAAAACUAUCGACCUUCGAGCAGUGGAUCAUCGGCAGCACCCACGGAAGCGGACACGGCACACACGGAUCGGGACUCCCCGCAGCAAUCGAAUCGGUACGAGAACCACAGCCCCAGCACAACACAUCACGGCAACGGAAACGGACCUGUCUCAUCGAACACGCUAGAUCGGGAUGAACAAAGCGAACGGGCGUUAUCUGAGGUCAAACUCAAAGUUGAAAGCAGGGAAGGAAACGAGGCUGGCGCUGAAGAUCUACGAGUGAAAAUGGAAAUCCGACCGAUACAAUCGCCGCUGACCUCUUCCGCACCGCCGACGCCAACUACACCAGUGGGAUACAUUAACGUGAAAGGUGGCCUGCCGGGUGGACUGGAUGGAACGAUGCCCUCUGUUGACAUGCUAAGUAUGCUGAGUGCCCAGCGGGAGAGUGUGACCACUGCUGACGGCUCUCUUCCCCCAGGCAAAAAGCUUCAGUGCCCGCUCUGUGAUCGCCAGUAUGGCUACGAAACGAACCUGCGAGCCCACAUCCGCCAGCGACAUCAGGGUAUCCGCGUGCCAUGUCCCUACUGCAGUCGAACGUUCACUCGAAACAACACGGUCCGUCGGCACAUAGCGCGGGAACACAAGCAGCAGACGCAGUUCAUGCCGAACCAGCUGCACAGCUAAGGUGUUCCGCUGCGCUGCGCUGACAACCGAAAUGUACACACGACCAUUGACUGCCAGCAGACCAUCGGCAGCAUUUGAAACUCGCGAGCAUGUGAUAGGAAGAAAGGAAAAAAAAAGCUGAAAUCCGAAAUUUAUUUCGCAAACAAACUCUGAAAUAAAUCGUAAAAAAGUACGAAAUUGGCAGUGCUGUUUAUCGAAACAGCUUGCGGGGGACCGUGUCCCACAUUUUGAGAUGUAUUUCACGCUAUUCUCUCGAGUGAUAAAUAGCUGGUGCUGUCGGUCGAUACCGAACCGCGCUAUCCAGUUAGGCUACCAAUGUUACCGGAUGCAAAUCGAAUGCAAUAUUUAUGUUUUUUUUCAAUCCUGGCUUUGUUCUGAAGCUUUUCAUUGUUUUUUUUUUGUUUAUAUUUUUUUCAUCGAAGUUCCUCUUUUUACAACUAUUGAACCUGAAUUUCUUUUCUCAAGUUGCAAGCCCUCCCAUUGCGGGAGGGGACUGGUGACUUAUUUCAAUGUUCAUAAAGAAUGAUAAACAUAAUCACCACAAGUGUCAUUAUUUAAUAAUUUAAUGAAGAAAAGAAAACAUAGAGUUGAAGUAAAGCAAAACACAAACGUAACUGAUAAAUAGACAAGCAAGCAUUAGAGUUUGAUUUUUUGUUCCGAGAUAUGAACUACCCAGAGAUGUAUAUCAAUGAGCGAUGAUUUUCCUCACACAAUAGAAGAUGAAAGUUAAUGGAAACUAAUAGAAAAGGAUAAAUAAUGAAUAUACAAAGUACCUGCUGAUAAUAAGAAAACAUAGAUUAAUGAGAAAUAUUUAAAUAUAAAUAUAUGGAUAAAUAUUUAACUUUAUUGUAACGUAAACGCGGUUGCAGUAAAACAGAAGAUACAACUUAAACAGCACUACUUGAUAAAUAAAAAGACUUUUCAAUUAUUUAGUAGCAAGCAAAGGGAAGGAAUUAAGCGUAAUGCAAAUACAUGAAUUGUACAAAACAGAAACCGAGGAAACAUAGCAAAACUGAACGAAGAAAAUUGGUUCAUUAGUUUUCAACAAAUUAUUUCGCCUCACAGUUAUCGAACAUUAGAAGAAACGAACAAGUUUUUCGUAUGCUGCAAUACAGUAUAAAACUGGGUGCCUAUAAGCGAGAAGAUACUACUACUAGUACUACUACUGCUGCUACUACUAUACCUACAACACAACCGCUCUGUUAUCGCAGUGAUAGAGUGAGAAGAACCGAAAUAGUGAAAUCAAUAACACAUAAGUUACUUGUUACUAUCCGAUUGAUUUCAUUUUUGAAGGAAGCAUUUAUUUAACCAACAGCCUCAACUGACAACCGGUUUUACUAUUUCUUGUCGAAUUGAAAACAUCCCCAAUCUACCCUAUAGCGAAUUCGUUUUUGAAUCUAUGUUAGUUCCAACCUGAAGGCUGGUGAACGUGAACAAACACUUUCAUGUUAAUAGUUUAUCAGUCAAUAUAUAAACCGCGAGCAAAACAUCUUGAAACGAUACAAAGAAACAUGUUUUAAUGGAAAAACAUUUUUAAACACAAUUCAUAUUGAUAAAUAUGGAUUAAUUCAAUAUUUCACAACGAUUCUGGAUUUCCACCGUGGAAUCGAGAUGUUGGUGAAUUCUCCGUAGUUCGUCGGCAUCGGUGAACGCGAAAACAGUGGUGAAUAUAGACGUCAAAAUAUUUCCCCGCUCAUGUUUACGUUCGAAUGCUCCAAGGCAUUCUGAAAAUUAUUUCGCCGUUAACUGUAAAAUGAUAUGUUGAGCAACAGUCGAGCUUUCAGUGAAAAUUUCCAUAUGGAGACAAUUUCAUUCAAUCGAAUCUCCGCACGGGUCGCAAAACUUCGUUGCUUCGGGUUGCUUCGUGAACAACUGUAUACUUUAUCCGAAUUAAUUUAUUGAAGCUCGAUGUUUAUUUGCUUCACGUUUACAGGCGAACAUUCAAUGUGAACGUGAACGUGAACAAGAGCAUUCAGUUUAAAUUUUAUCUAGAUAUGUUUUUAUUAUAUGGAAUGUACCAUGUAGUGGACAAUUCUACCUUGGUCUGCAUGUUUUCUUGUCACUGAACUUUCCCUUUCUCAUUCGCGUUGACGACAUUGGGCUCCAUUUUUCGAGUCUGGGAAGCAACAAUGAAAAUGAUGGAUUUCCAGGCGAAAUGAACACAUUUAAAAAAAUAUGAAUGAAAAUUAACUUUCCCGUAUCAAGAAAAACGUUGUUUCGCAACCCAGAGACGAAUGAACUCUCAGAGUUUAAAGUCUCUCUAAUUCAAUACCUUCCUUCCUUCCUGUUUCGCAAAUUAUGAAAAAAAAAACAUUAAACAAAAUAUUCGUUUGACAAUGUUUUUAUAUGAUAAUGAAGAACUGAAGAAAUAUCAGUAAAUGUGUCGACAAAUAGUGAAGCAAGGGUCAGGACGCGAUGUUUUAAGUAAUCAAAUAAUAUUAUGUGGACAUUUUAAUUCGAUUUGAACAUUUAAUAUUUUCAAAUUACCUUCGGGCCUUCCAAUCUGAUCAAAAAUUGUUUGUGCCAGACUCAAAUACCACUUCCGACGGUUUGUGGAUGAUUUACAAUUCAAUUGUGGCUGAAAGCAACCAUGCGAUGGAAAUGACAACGCCGGAGGAAUUUCCGUGAAGUUCAGGCAGUACUUGAACACUGAAUUGGCUCCGAGCAUCGUGCUGUAGAAUGAAAUGAGGGCACAACAUUUCGAAACAUUUCGAACGACUUCAUAAAAUUCCAUUCUCUAUUCCGUUCGUGUUGUUUUUACAUUUCGUUCGAUCUGUUUCUCUUUGAACAUUAAAUGGGCAAAACGUUCGAAAUAGGGAAUGCGAAAUUAUAACUCGAACAAAAUGGAAAUCCGUCGGAAUACAGAAUAGGGCUAGUGAUCUAGUCCCCUGAUGAAAGUUGUUGGUUUUCCUGGAAUGUUCGAGAUCGCGGACAAAGACGGUCGUCUUUGUAUCACAUUCAUCAUUCACUUAUAAAGAAACUGAAACGAUUCAACUUGAAAUCGGUAUUUUUACAGCGUUUUCACGCGUCACUCGUGCGGAAUUGUGCGAUGUUUAUCAUCAAUAUGAAUACAUGAAUCGUGUUAUCCUACACAUAGAAAACAAGCUAGAUAAGGAGAAGUUAACUUAAAUUCAUAUAUUCCAAUUUCUAUCUUUUUUCCGGUUUCCGAUUUUUUGGAUCGAUUCUUUUAACUCCAGAAAAUUGCGAAAAUCGAUCUUUUUCUUUCGAUCUUGAUUUUUAUCUAAUCAAAAACCACCUGACGAAUUUCAUAAACAUUGGAUGCCUUUCGAGGUUGUCAAAUCAGCGAUCGUAAAUUUAGGAGAAACAGUUUUGAAAAUUCACUGCAAUUUGUAUGCAAAUUGCGGAGAACGUAUUUCUAACAAUGGAUAGGAUGUUAACAAGCCAUUGUUUGUAUUCAUUUUCAAAUUUGUAAUAUAAAUUUUUCGUUUUUGUUUCUAGUAUCAGUGAUCCAGCUUAGGAAAUAAAAAAGUAAACAGUAUAAAAACAAAGCAUUGUAAAUGAAGCGAUGCUCGUGGAUAAUAUAUUCCAAUCUUUAGUAUGUCCGUCAUGAUUCUCCAUUACUGCCAUGAGUCGUUUGAGCAUACUUUCGACCAAAUUAUGCAACAUUUGUUGAGGAAUCGCAUUCCACGCUGUUUGCAUAUCCAAUCAUAAAUCGUUAAGAUUUCUCCGCGAAUACAAUUGAUUUUUCCAUCCAGUAUUGUCCUUAGAUGCUCAAUGGGGUUGAGGUCUGGGGAUUGGGGUGGCCACUCAAUCAUUUCAAUCUUUUUGGACUGGAAAUAGCUUUUCAUAUUCAUUUUCCUGAAUGAUGGCUUUAAACUUUUCUCCAAAAUUUUGAGGCAACCUUCGAAGUGUGCUUGGAAAUGUUCUGUUGGAAAAUAUAGCUUUUCAUAUUCAUUUUCCUGAAUGAUGGCUUUAAACUUUUCUCCAAAAUUUUGACGUAGGCUCACCAAUCAUCUUUCUAUCGUUCUUGACAAGAUUACCCACCCCAUUCCAGGAAAAAACAUUCUCACACGAGCAGUGAUCCUCCUCCGAGUUUAACUGUUGUUGGAGUAAAUCUGGAUCGAAUAAUAUGCUUAAUAUCAUCUAAUAUUUACAUAGUUCGGAAAUAUUCCAUGUUUAUACCUUUCUCAAGAUAUCGAAAAUGAAGCUUGACAAACAAACAACACAAUGUUUUGGCAAAUAUUUCGACGGGAUCGAAUGAACCAGCCUUGUUAGAAUCGGAUUCCGAACAAUAACACGCACUCGACAGUUCAGAGGUGUAGCUGUAUUGGUGAAGCCGAUCGCUAACCCGUGAAACAAUACAGUGCGAACCCAUCAGUGUUUUCGGGUUGGAACUAUUGCGAAACUAGGAUCAAAACCUAAGCGAAUAAAAAAACUUUUGACAGUAGUUGGGUUGGAACUCGUGCGAAUCUUGGUUGGAACUAAACAAAAACGAAUUCGCUACCAGAAUCCAGUUGGUGUUGCCAAUUUCUUCUAAAGUUUGCUGUUCUUAUCCACACACACAGAAAAUAAUAAUCUUUUUUUUGCGAAAAAUACAUCUCAAAAUUUUCGAAAUACUAACAUUUCAGAACGUAGCCAUUUCAGUAACAAUACAGAAAAUUGUAUUCAAACAAACCGAACGAAACCGGAACUUUGUUAUUUUCUGAGUUUUUGUUUGCGUAGAAAUGAUAAAAAAAACAUAAUAGCAAAAUCAAAUCAAAACUAAUGUGCUCAUAUUAAUAUGUAAGUUUGAAGCAGAACAGAAAGCAUGUUACGCUAAAGGGGAAUAGAGAUCCCGACCGGAUCUAUCUCCGCAACAUCUGAAAUGAAACCACAUCAAAGUCAAGUGAAGAAAAAAAGGAGGAAGCUGGAGUAACACCUUUUCCGUUACUUGGUUUUUUUAUUUCGUUACGUUAAUACAUGUCAACUAAAGUUACCUUCCAAGAUGGCAAGAAUUUUAUUCGCAUUGUGGAGAUGCUAAAAAACACAUUUUUUAUAUUUCUUCGGUUUAAGUUGUAAGUCGCGUAGGCAGCCUGUACACACGAAAGGGAGUUUAUUUUUAGAAUCAGAAGCAAUGCGCACCGCAAUACCAAGACACAUAAAACGGGUUUAUUUAUGCAUUUAAUUUAUCUAAGCCACACACACACACAAACUCAUCCGGUUUUGGGUGAGUUUUGUUAACUCCAAGCAACCAAGCUUCCCCAUCAAAGGCUCAACUCUUCGCGUUGAAGAAUGUGAGCCACUCAUAGAUAAACAGAAGCUGAAUAAGUGAAAUAGAACAAUAAUAGUGAUAUUUAAAGUGGGAAACAGAACUGGAACAUACAGAACAUACAGCUUAACAAACAGUCUGCAAACAGUUCCGAUAGUUGCGGUAGAGAAUAAAAUACAACCAGAAGGAAGAACCUAUUUGAUUUGGGAGUGGAGUAACACAUUUUCAACAUUUUGUUUCGAUAGCUCCGGCGAUUUAUUUUCAAGGAACACAACAACUGCCAUUGAUAGCCAAAAUACAAAUACAAAACAAUAGCUGGAUCCAAUAGAUUCUUCCUUCAUGUUUACAGAAAGCAACCAUUUAUAUAGUACACAAAACACAAGCAUAAUCAAGCAAGAUCUAACAUACAAGAUUGAUGAUCGCUGAAAUCAACUACCUCCAUUUUUACAUGAAGCAAAACAUAGAACAUGAUAUAGUGAGAAAGCAUUUACAAACAAACAAACAAAAAAAAGCACUUCUACUGCAAUAGGAAAUUCGUUUAAUCCUUCGUUGGUAAUCGAGACGCAUCGAACGAAAAACAUAAUGCGCACCUUGCGCACCUUGGGUUUCACCUUUCGUUGUUCGUAAAAUCAUUUUUUGUAUCGUUUUGCGUUGCAUUCAACAAGAAUCCCUUUGCCGGGGGGAAAACGGAAGGACAUAAGCAUAGAGCAUAAUAAUUUAAAGUUUAACGUGUUUGCAGCGGAAGCACAGGUUUGGAGAGGGAGCUUUUUGAGGACAAAAACAAAAACUCAAAACAGUGACAGUAAGAGAAGGAAAAAGAGAGAAAUUUCGGAUUUUGAAACAAAAUUAUUAUCAGCAAGAACACGUGAGUAAAAAAAAGCGAGGAAGAAUAACAACUUUUGGGCAUGAGAAAAGGGUAAAAACAAUUUCGGACGUUUAAACAAAAAGCAUAAGGCAAAUUUUAGACCGCAUAAACUACACGGCAAGGAGGAAAAAAUGGCGAAAAGCACACACAUGUUUGGACAAACGAAAAAAAAAACAAAGCAAACGGAUGAGAGAAUCAAGUGCGAGCACUUUAAAAGUUUAAUUAUUAAUAACCGGUCAGAGCGAAUGAAGAGAGCUCCCCGCGCUCUCCGCGCUCCGGCUCCGGUUGGAAGCGCGUGAAAGGCUUACAGAAACGUGAGAGAGAAAGUAUACACCUUCGAAAUCUCCUGUAAAUAGUUUCUACGGCGACGAGAAGCGAAGAAUGGCGUAGAAGAGCGCACGCAUAUACAUAUAAAAGCAAGGUGAGCAUUACACACAUAACAGAGUAUGUAUGCGUAGAUGUUAAGCUAACGAGUGAAACAAAACAGCAAAUAUUACACAGUGACAGACAAAGCAAAUAGAAGCUAUAAAAUAGCUUGAAAAAUUGAAAUUUAAUGAAAUUAAAUUUGAAAAAAGGUGGAACGAAAUGUGGAAGCAAAAUUAAAAAUAUAACCGUAUCAUGGAAAAAAAAUCAUGUCUAGAGAAUAAAGAAAAAUCUUUUGAUGAUAAAAUUUAAGUAAUCAUAACUUUAGAUUUAAAAAUUACUUGCAGAAAAAAAUAUAAUCAAUACAGUGACAUAAAUGUAACUAUCAGAAAAUCAUACUUAAAAAUUCAAAAAAGAGGAAGAGAAAAUGUAAAGCGGUGACAAACAAAAAGAGAGCUGUAGGAAUGUGUAAAUAGAGUUGUGCGCAGGAAAGGCAAGCAUACUGAGAAAAAAAAACAACCUUUAGGCUAAAUUCUGAGCGUAAAAAUUAAAUAGUGUAAAGCAAAACUUUGGAUCCCUCCCAAUGAAAAAAAAAAAAAAGAAAUCGGAACUAGGCGAGAGUUUGAGUUAGCGGUUUUUUUUUUCGUUCGUUCGUUCGUUCAUAUCGUGACAGAGAGAGGAUGCGAUCGUACACAUUUUUUGGCAGAAAUCGUUUCGGACUCGUAAUUAAACUUAGUUAGGCAAGUUUAGGCAAAACGUUUUCAAAAUUAAACCAAUUUAUAAGCAAAAUUCUAAAUUCUAAAUACAAUUUACGUUGCUGUUUUUGUUGGGCUAACUGAAAAUUUAAGGAAAAACGGAAAUUUUUAAGGUAUAAGAGCUGUUUUGGAGAGAAAAAUUAGCAGGAAGAAGAAAGCACGAUCGGAACGAAGUAUAGCAAGGCAGAAGAAGUAGAAGAGUGUGUGUCACCAAUUUACAUUAGUAUUUGUGAGAAGAGAGAGAAAAAAAAACAAGCUUUUGGCGUUUUGACAUUUUUCGGACUUUUUCAUUUUCGGCAUAAUACGAAUCCCACUAGCGAGAGAAGAUCACGCGAACAGAAAGCAUGUUUCAACCAGAGUUUUUUAAAUUACAAUUUUUCAGCUUCGGAAUGUUCCCGAACACUAUCGAGGGUCACAUUUUAAGCCUUUUUCACGAAGAAACCAAUCGUUUUGCAACUGUGUUUUUGUAUACUACCUCAGUUUCUCCUCGGUUCUUUGUGAAUAUAUGCGUUGAAAUGCAAGAUGGAAAUCUUUUUUGCAUAGAAGUGUAAAGUUUUAGACAUGUAAAAGAAGAAAAAAAACUCAACUAGUCACACGUGCAACACACUCAGGUACAAUAAAAAAAAUUACAAACAACCGUAAGCGUUUAACAUUAAGAAUUAAAAUUUGCAAUGAGCAAACAAAAAAAAAAUCUUCGAAGGUAAGAAAAACCAUAAUUAUAAAAUAUGUAAUACACGUUGAUAGCCGUAAAUUUAUGUUUUGUUAUUCUUUUCAUUUUGUUCCGUUUCGUGUCCGAAUGCUUAAGUUAGACCGUGCAGGCUGUUUUAAAUAGAGAAUGUGUAAAAUUAGUGAAACACAGCAAAAAUUACAAGAAAAAAAACAAACAUCAAAUAUAAACGUGUAGCGACAUAGUAGGCUAAGAUUUAGGGUAAGCGAAGCGAAGAGGAAUAUACUUAACGACAGAAAUACGUAAAAGCCGUUGAAGCUCUCAUUGAAGUGGUGAAAACACUUGGAGAAAUUCGAAAUUGAAAUCAAACUUCAUCGAAAUUCGCGACUAUAUAUUACAACUACAUCAAAAUGCAAAAAUUUAAACAUGACGAACACCUUUUUCCGGCACUCAUUUUCGGAAUACUGACUUUAGGAUUCAUUUUUUGGAAGCAACACAUUUAGGAAGGACACGAUGCAUGCCCAUAAUGGGAACAGUUGUCUGGAAUGGAGUGCUGCCUAUAGAAAAGGCGGAACAUUCAUGCUGUAAACUGUUCCCACAACACAAUCAUUAAAAUAUUCACGGCUGCCUUCAAGCGUUGUCAAGACACGGAACUCGACGAGGCAAAGAUCCCCCCUACAUACAGAAGCUAUCUAAUAUCUCGAGGCUAUCGCGGAAUGAUGACGCCAAAUAUUACCCUAGAGGCUUACAUUUCACUCUGUGUCCAUAGAUCUUUCCGGCGGCACGAGCGUUGGAGGCUUUACUGGCAGCACUGUUGGCAGCCUGUUGAUCCGUUAAUUUGUUACACAGUUAUGGUGGCAGAAGCGGGAGGGUGCUCCCGCGCUACCGUUCCCAUUGCUGGAAGCACACGAAACUAUACGCAAUAAGCUAGUCUAAUUUUGUUCUACAAUCCUUGAGAUAUACCCCUACAUGAGAACCCCCCAACCCCCCAAUUGAAUACGGUCCUGCUCGCCAUGAACUAGUUUGUGUGAAUGAUGCUAUACGUCAAUUCCACACCAAUUGCUGAUGACGGUUCGACAGUGUACGAAAUAUUGAAAUAAAACAGAAAUACCGACCGCUAUAACAUAUACAUAUGUGUAUCGAAGAUUAAUUCUAAACCUGAAAGACUGCUGAUAACAGUUACCUCAUUUUGUGUGUAUUACAAUAGCUUUUACUUAUUUAUAGUUUGUUUUUUAACCACAAACUUUUUAGUGUAAGCUCACUGUCCAACGGAACUGUCAACACGGUGGUGGCUGUAUGUGUGUGCGUGUUGAACGCACUGCUGAAACUGUCAAACGAGUGCGCGGCUAUCAGGACCGAAUCACACAGCCUUAAAGAACUUAAAUAGUUUAAAAUAUGAAACAUAGAACAAAAAACAGUUGACUUAGAGUUAAGCUCAGUAUUCCUUGUUUAUCUAAUAUGUUUAUUAUUUCGAUUGAGAUAUGAUCAAUCCAAACGAGAUGCAAUAGUUACAGCACGAACAGUUGAUCGAUACGAAAAAAGUUUAACAAAUAAUGGAAUGGAAUGAAAUUAACGGUAAUAGGCGAAUUAUUUAUUAUGAAUAACUGCAUUUUUUCUUCAAUCGAUGGAAAACAGAAUCUACAAACUGAUAAAUAUUUACAAUAUUUCUAAUUACAAACAGAUAGAACCAUAUACAAAAAAAAGGAAACAGUUAACAGUACCCUUAUACAGUACUGACAAUAGUUCAUUUUUUGUACAAUAGUUAAGAGAAACAAAUCAACAAAUCAACAAACGCAGCUUCCACAUAUUCUUUAAUCGAAAACCCACCAUCUCCGCAAAAUAGAACUGUCAAUGGAUUUUGUUCUGAGCAGAAAAGAAAAAAAAAAUGCAACCAUACCAACACAAACCAAGAAUCACACUCGCAGAUAAAAACAAAAAGAUGAUUUAUCUUGUUCAAACAUGUAAACAAAUAUAGAAUUUGUUGAAUCAGAGAAAAAACAUAACUUACCUUACUUGCAGCAAUAGUAUGAAAGGAUAUACCGAUUGAAAGAAAAAACACAGCAAACGAUUGCUUUAAUAAUAGUUAAAGUGACGUGUAUUGAAUUGUUAAUACUAUUAAACAACCGAUUGAGGUUCGUCGACUCCCCGAUACUGGAGCUCGAGACUCGAGAGAAAUAGAACUAGAAAGGUGAAAGAUCUGGAGAACUCAGUUAGUUUUAGCUCACAUUCACAUACACACACACAGGCACGUGUAAUAUCAGUUUAAACAAAUAAUCAUUAUUUAUUUGUACAUACACCCAAAUCCAACCCAAGCAAGUAAUCAAUCAAUCAAUCAAUCAAUACGACAGACCACAAACACCCAAACGGAUAUUGGACAUCCAUCGACUAGACUAGACUAAACCAGACAAUGAAGCAAACAAAAAAAAAACAUUAAAUUUAAUUGUGUUGUUUCGCGCGCAUAUUUCAUCCCAUCCCCUUCGUCGAGUACCGCGUUUUACUUAGUAGUUUUGUUUUUCCUUCGAGAGAGGUAGAAAGGACGAUUCAGUGAAGUAAAAAUAGAAAAAAAAAACAUAAAAUAAAAUCUAGCGAAUAGUGUGGAUCCCACCGGUUAAUUGAUAGUUGAAAUAGUUUAAAAAACAUUAUCUUUUACUUCUCCUCAGCGAAAAUCAGCUCACAAAGUACGAACGCCAAUGGUUUAGUGUGUUAACAAACAAAUUUGAUUCCGUUUUCAUUUUCAUAUUCACCCCCGCCGCGUUUUUUUUUUUGUUUUUGUUCGGAAGCGCUCUCUUCGAACAAACCGGAAACGGAUUACAACACAAUUAAAGUUUUUUUUUGUUUUUCACAAAUACCACCCCCACAGGACACACACAGAAUGCAUGAAUAGCGGAAUGGUUGUUGUAGUUGUGAUGGAAAUGGAAUUGAAACGUAUUUUCGGCAAAACUGAGAUAUUGCAUUUCCAUUUUUCAGUUAUUAAAAUGCUGGUUGCGAUGAACAUUGUUCGCUCGAACUGUAAAGUACAAAAUGCAAAAAAAAAUACCAGCGUUCAAUAACUGGAUGUGUGUAAUUGAAAAAAUGGGGUAAGAAGGAAAUAUGUAAUAUCUCGAUUUUUUUUUUCGUCAGUGUAAAAACAACUUUAGGUUUAGUAUUGCGUCACCCCGCCGUCAACCGUUCAUAACCCGUACUACAGAUUAGGCUAAGCGAUACUCCAAUGAGAUCAUUUGAAUCUGGAGUCUAAACUAAAACAAGUAAACCAUAAUCGAUAAGUGAAAGGGAUACAAACUUUAACUAUUAUACAUUGUGUGCUGGUAGAAACACGCUAGCUGUAAGGCCGUACAUUUACGAACCAGCGAGAGGGUUAUUAACUGGAAGAGGAACCGCGAGAGCAUAAUGAUCGGUUCCCCUGCUUUUUAAAACAUGAAAAUUGAAAACAAAAAAAAAACGAAACCCAUUUUUUAUAAGUUAUUUUUAACAUUAUACUUUAUUAAGUUUUUGUAAGUUUACCUCUUCGUUUUUAAGUUUAUGAUUUGUCGAUAAUAAUUAAGUUUUCUUUUAUAUGUGUGCGUAACCGAAUGAAAAAAAAAAUCAUUGGCUGUUUGGAAGCUAUAUAUUCGAAAAAGUGGUGCUGCAAUCGAGUCCAAUCGAGUUGUUGAUUAUUUUCAUUUGGGGUCCCGCACAGUGUAUGGAACACAGAUACUACAUGAUUUUAUAACGUUAAAGAACAAAUAUAAAACAGAAAAUCAGAUAAUCAAGCUUGAGUUUUUUUUUAUUUAUUAGUUUUAAGUUUAAGUGUCUUCCGUUCGUUUCUCUUCUUCGUUUGUACUUGAGAGGCUUUAAACUUUGCAUUUCAUUCGCCUCUAUUCCGUUCGUUAACUGAGUGAUUCAGUUUGUAAGUUUCAGUUUCGCGUUAAUAUGAUGUUGAUUGGUUAUUCUGUAACACAUUCUGCUCUCGAUGAACGUUUAUGGCUUACAGAGGAAAAGGAAAUGGAUUUUCUGAUGUUAUCCGAAAAUGACAAUAUUUCCAGCGUUAAAUUAAGCGUUGAGGUCCAUUUUAGGUUACUUCAUCUGAAUUCUCAUUAUGAUGAAAAGCGCUCCAGUUUAUUUCCAUGCGUAUGAAAACAAGGAAAAUGAAAAGGAAGAUGAAAUGAUUCAUAUUCCCUAGAGCAGAGUCAUGAGUUCGAGUCAAGUUCAAGUCUUUCAAUCAUUAUUUCUGAUUGGUCCUUUAAAGGAUACGAUUCACAAAUGCCACUAACUUUUACUUCCGAGCAGGCUUGCGAACUGCUGACAACGAGUUCUGAGAUUUUCUCAUUAAGCAAAAACAAAAAAAAACAAUUUGCUCUGCACAGCAUCAAGCGUAUCCAAAUGAAACCGUUUAUUUUUUUCAUUAAAAAUACACGUUUAUUGGUUUGAAUAUUUUUGAAGAAUAAAGUCAUAAAAAUUUACUUUGUGUGGCUUUUUUCAUAUUCCGCUCUUCUUUUGGAGCAGAGCCUGGUUUUACUCGAACAUUUCGGAUCAUUGGAUUCAAUAGGUUGUAUUAGAUCACACAUCGAUCCCAGAAAACGCACAACAUUGUCUUUUUUUACAAGUGACCUGGCCUUGUCGUCCAUGUGUACAGUUGACCGGGGUCAAUAUUUGAUUUUUUUGCGCUUAAGAUUUUUCUAAUAUGUCCACAAUCCGAUGGAUGCAGAAGUGAUGUGUGACGUAACGUAUGAGGAUCUAUUAACCCUAUGCGAUCGUAUGUCUGCUCUGAGCCACCCCAGCGAGGAAUUAUACUAAAUACUUUAUCCAAUCAUAUGUAAUAGUUAACAAUUUUUCUAAACGAAUUUUAAUGUCAAACGAACUUUUUCACGAAUUAAUAUACAGUUUCUAUGGAUAAUAAAUAACGGUACUCGGUGAAAACAAAGGAUUAUUAGCGUGGAAAGAUAAGAGGAUCUCUUUCAAGGGAAAUUAAUUCCGAUCGCAAAUGGUUAAUAUUAGGCUGUCAGAAAAGUCCUGCGGUAUUUUUUUUGAAUUUUCAUUUGUUCAUAAAAUUAGUUACAAUCAUCUGUUUUAAGUCAAAUAUGCGCCGUUUUGUUCGAUGACUUGUUCCCAACGAGAUGCCAACUUCAUAAUACCCCUGUUAUAGAAGCUCGCUUCCUUAUUGGCAAAAAACUCGGAUAGCCAAUUU